UCUGAGUAGGGGACCCAGAGAGCUUGAGCUGGGCUUCUCAUGAUUCUCCUUUCUUCUCCAGAACCUUGGCCUCUUGUGGCCUCUGCUCUUCCCCAGUAGGUGCUUUCACUGCGCAAGGGAAUGGCUCCUGUGCUCCUGACAACCAGGCCUGGAAGGGAAUCAGUGACAUUCCAGGAUGUGGCUGUGGAAUUCACCCAGGAGGAGUGGGCACAUUUGAACCCAUCUCAGAAAAAGUUGUACAGGGACGUGAUGCUGGAGAACUAUAGCAACCUGGUCUCUUUGGGAUUUGCAGUAUCCAAACCAGAUUUGAUCUACCAGAUGGAAAGAAAGGAAGCAUCUUGGAUGCCAGAGACAGAUAUGCCAGGAAGCAGCUGUCCAGAGAGCAAAGAAUUUCCUGGAGGAAAACCUUAUGAAUGUCAGAAAUGUGGGAAGAGCUUCAGAUGGAAGACACAACUUACUCAGCACCAGAAAGUUCAUAUUGGAGAGAAGCCAUAUAAAUGUAAUGAGUGUGGGAAGAUCUUAAGUAGCAAUACAUCACUUAAAUCACAUAAGACAAUUCAUACUGGAGAGAUGCCUUACGAAUGUAAGGAGUGUAGGAAGGCCUUCCGACUAAGAAUACAGCUUACUCGACAUCAGAGGAUUCAUACUGGAGGGCCAUAUAAAUGUGAUGAGUGUGGGAAGAUUUUAAGAAGCCUUGAAACACUUAAGAUACAUAAGAAAAUUCAUAAUGAAGAGAUGCCUUAUAAAUGUAAGGAGUGUGGGAUGGUCUUCAGACAUAACUCACAGCUUAGUCGGCAUAAGAGAAUUCAUACUGGAGAGAACCCUUAUAAAUGUGAUGAAUGUGGUAAAAUUUUUAGUGGGAAAAAACCACUUAUGACACAUAAAAUAUUUCAUACUAAAGAGAUGCCUUAUGAAUGUAAGAAGUGUGGGAAGGCCUUCAGACGGAGAAACCAGCUUACUUACCAUCAGCCAAUUCAUCUUGAAGAGAAUCCUUAUAAAUGUGAUGAAUGUGGGAAGAUUUUUAGGAGGAAGACAAGACUUAAGGCACAUAAAAGAAUUCAUACUGAAGAGAUGCCUCAUGAAUGUAAGGAGUGUGGGAAGGCCUUUAGAUUAAGAAAACAGCUUACUCAGCAUCAGACAGUUCAUACUGGUGAGGAGCCUUAUAAAUGUGAUGAAUGUGGGAAGGUCUUACGUAGUAAUAUAUCACUUAAGGCACAUAAGAGAAUUCAUACUGGAGAGAUGCCUUAUAAAUGUAAGGUGUGUGGGAAGGAAUUUAGACAGAGGACACAACUUAUUCAACAUCAGACAGUUCAUACAGGAGAGCAAGCUUAUAAAUGUGAUGAAUGUGGGAAGAUCUUAAGUAGUAAUGUAUCACUGCACACCCACAAGAGAAUUCAUACUGGAGAUAUGCCUUAUAAAUGUGAAGUGUGUGGGAAGGGCUUCUACUUCAUCUCAGAACAUAAUCGACAUCAGAGUGUUCAUACUGGAGAAAAACCUUAUGAAUGUCAUGAAUGUGGGAAAGCCUUCCGCCUUAGUAUACAAUUUACUCGGCACCAGAGCAUUCAUACUGGAGAGAAACCUUAUAAAUGUCAUGAAUGUGGUAGGCUCUUCAGAACAGAGUCACAGCUUCUUCAGCAUCAGAGAAUUCAUACUGGAGAGAAGCCUUAUAAAUGUGAUGAAUGUGGGAAGGCCUUCUCAUUGAGGAGACAGUGUAUUCAACAUCAAAGAAUACAUACUGGAGAGAAGCCUUAUGAGUGUAAUGAUUGUGGGGAGGCCUUCAGAGUGAGUUCACAGCUUAAACAGCAUCAGCAAAUUAAUCAUGGAGAUAUACCAUUUGUAUGUAAUCAAUGUGGGAAAGGCUUCCUUUGGAAUUCAGAUUUAAAGCGCCAUCAGAUGAUUCAUACUGGAGAGAAACCUUAUGAAUGUAAGGAAUGUGGGAAGGCUUUCCAAGUAAAGAGACGGCUUAUUCAACAUCAGAGAAUUCACACUGGAGAGAAGCCCUAUAAAUGUAAAGAAUGUGGGAAAGGCUUCUUUUGGAAAUCAAAUUUAAAUGUACAUCAGGUGGUUCAUACUGGUGAGAAACCUUAUGAGUGCAAAGAAUGUGGGAAGUCCUUCAAACUGAAAAAACGGCUUACUCUACAUUACACAAUUCACACUGGAGUGAAGCCUUAUAAAUGUAACGAAUGUGGGAAGGCUUUUAGACAGAGUGGACACCUUACUCGGCACCAGAGAAUUCAUACUGGAGAAAAACUUUAAUAUGUGUUGAAAGGCCUUCAUGAGUUCAGAAGUUACUCUGUAUGAGAGAUAAGACUUAAGAAUAUAAUAAAUAGGGAAAGAUCUUCAAGAAUAGGAUCCAACUUACUAUGCAGGAGAGAAUUCCUACUGGAGGGAUACUUUAUGAAUUUAAGUUGCAUGAGAAUGCCUUCCACUACAACUCAAUACUUACUCAAUGACAGAAUUCUUAAUGAAAACAAAUGUUAUGAAUGUAAUAUAUUUGAGAACACCUUCUACAUGAACUCAGAUCUUACUUGACAUCUGGGAGUUCAUAUUGCUUAGAGACAUGAAUGUGAGUAUGUCUUUAGUGGUACCACUAACUUGACAUUAGAGAAUUCUUACUGGAGAAAAAUUUUAUGAAAGCAAUUAAUGUGGAAAUGUCUUCAGACUGGGCACUCCUUACUGUGCGUCAGAGAACUCCUAUUAAAGUGAAAAUAUUAUGCAUUUAGUGAACGUGGGAAGGCUUUCGCACAGGGCAGAGCCAAGGAUGGUAGAGUGAAGCCAGUGAUUUUUGGUGAGUUCUCCCAACAUAUUUCUUCUAAAACAACUUUAAAUGCACCAAACUGAAAUCUGAGUAAGAAAAGUUACAGUGACAUACUUCAAACAGGAACUUAAGAAGUCAGAGAGGUAUCUAGACAGGUGAGAACUGGCUAGAAGUGUAGUACAUAGAGUUUAAACUCAGCUGUGCUUAAUAGUGGUGCCCAGGGAAGGUAAGGGCCCUUAAUAUAUUUUUUUUUAAGUGAAGCAAUUGGGGUUAAGGGUCACACAACUAGUAAGUGUUAAGUGUCUGAGGCUGGAUUUGAACUCAGGUACUCCUGAAUCCAGGGCCAGUGCUCUAUCCACUGUGCCACCUAGCUGCCCCAUGGGCCCUGAAUAUUUAGUCAAAAAUAUUCCAGGGGACUUUUGUGCUUGCAGUAGGUACAACGUCAGGUGUCUUUUGGCAGCUCUAGUGCCCAUCGCCCACUUCUGAAUUGUAGGACCAAGUGAAAGAGGAAGUUAUAGUGGCAAGGGAGUAGAUAAAUGGAUCUUGCAGACUCUCAGAGGCUGUAGACUCAAUCAUCAACAGAGGACCAGUCUCAGCCACAUAACUUGUAGGACCUCCCCUUUAGGGGAGGGAGAAAAAAAUAGAAAAGGGGACCCCAACAGGAAGUAGCUCUCUCUUGCCUGGGAGAAGCUUUCAGAGCAGACUGGAGACAGGCUGAACAGCUGACUCCCAUAGAAAUUACGGACCCCUGGUGGUGAGUUAAUAAAAUCCAGUUCUUUGAAUUAGCUGAGCUGAAAGUGAGUUUG